AUUUCCGGUUGCCCGGAAGUGCACUCUACAAACACGCUACAAGUUAAGCUAGCUAGAACGCGUUGUGUGUUGUAUUGACUGGCUAGAUUUCCUAGCCUUUGCAUACCCGUUGUUUUUAAUUGAGCAUUUUUAAAGCUACUACCAUAUUGGCUUUCGACUUUUAUACAAUAUGGGAGUCCCUGCAUUUUUCCGUUGGUUGAGUAGGAAAUAUCCUUCCAUAAUAGUGCAUUGCCUUGAGGAGAAGUCCAAGGAAUGCAAUGGUGUGCGAAUACCUGUUGACACUAGCAAGCCCAAUCCCAAUGAAGUGGAGUUUGACAACCUGUAUCUGGAUAUGAAUGGAAUUAUCCAUCCGUGCACACAUCCUGAGGACAAGCCAGCGCCCAAAAACGAGGAUGAGAUGAUGGUGGCCAUUUUCGAAUACAUCGAUCGACUCUUCAACAUCAUUAGACCCCGCAGAGUUCUGUACAUGGCUAUAGAUGGAGUCGCCCCUCGUGCCAAAAUGAAUCAGCAGCGGUCAAGGCGAUUCCGAGCCUCUAAAGAAGGGGCGGAACUUGUGGAGGAGAAACAGAAGAUGAGGGAAGAGAUCAUCGGGAGAGGAGGAUACCUUCCGCCAGAUGAGAUCAAGGAGAGGUUUGACAGCAACUGCAUCACUCCAGGAACAGAGUUUAUGGACAACCUGGCAAAAUGUCUCCGGUAUUACGUAGCUGACAGAUUGAGCAAUGAUCCAGGAUGGCGCAACGUUACAGUUUUCCUGUCAGAUGCCAGUGUUCCUGGAGAGGGUGAACAUAAAAUUAUGGAUUACAUCCGAAGGCAAAGGGCUCAGCCACAUCAUGACCCAAACACGCAUCACUGUCUUUGCGGCGCUGACGCCGACUUGAUCAUGUUGGGGCUGGCCACACACGAGCCUAACUUCACCAUCAUCCGUGAGGAGUUCAAGCCCAACAAGCCAAGACCCUGUGCCCUCUGUAACCAGGUCGGCCAUGAGAUCAAGGACUGCCAGGGAAUGCCCAGGGAGAAGCAAGGCGAGCAUGAUGAAUUUGCAGGCAGCAUACCAGUCUCUGAACAGGAGUUCAUCUUCAUUCGUUUGUCAGUUUUGCGAGAGUACUUGGAGCGAGAGUUGACCAUGGCUAGCCUGCCGUUUCCGUUUGACUUUGAGCGGAGUGUGGAUGACUGGGUCUUCAUGUGCUUCUUUGUUGGAAAUGAUUUCCUGCCUCAUCUACCGUCCCUAGAAAUCAGAGAAGGCGCUAUCGAUCGACUGGUUGGAAUCUAUAAAGACGUCGUACACAAGACGGGGGGUUACCUCACAGAAAGUGGCUUCGUCAACCUUGAGCGAGUUGAGCUGAUCAUGCAGGCUGUAGGAGUGGCCGAAGACAACAUCUUCAAGAAGCGCAAAGACGAUGAUGAGAGUUUCAAAAGGAGGAUGAAGGACAAGAAGAAGCGAAUGAAAAUGCAGCAGCAGCAUCAGCAGCCAUCCUUCAUGCUGUCCGGCCAGUUCGCUCCCCAGGCUCUGGGGGGCAGAGACCGACCAGGGGCAGUGCAGAACGCCCGUCACACGGCCUAUGACAUGAGGAUGCAGGCCACAAACCAGCACAACAUGGAUGCAGCCCAGUCCUUGAAAGCUUCAAUAAAGAACGGGAACAAGGGCAACGAUGGCGUAGACGGCCGCGGAGUGAAAAGGAAAGCCGAGGACAGUGACGACGAGCCGGAACCCGAGGACAACGUCAGGUUGUGGGAGGAUGGCUGGAAACAGCGCUACUACAAAACAAAAUUCGACGUGGACGUGAGUGAUGAAUCCUUCCGCAGGAAAGUCGUGAAGUCCUAUGUGGAAGGCCUGUGCUGGGUGCUGCGCUACUACUACCAGGGCUGUGCCUCCUGGAAGUGGUACUUCCCCUUCCACUAUGCCCCGUUUGCAUCGGACUUCAAAGACAUCAAAGACCUGUGCAAAGACUUUGAGAAGGGAACCAAGCCGUUCAAGCCUCUGGAGCAGCUGAUGAGUGUGUUUCCGGCUGCCAGUGGAAACUUCCUGCCGGAGACCUGGAGGGCCUUGAUGUCCGACCCAGACUCCCAGAUCAUUGACUUCUACCCCGACGACUUUGCAAUUGAUCUCAAUGGGAAGAAAUACGCUUGGCAGGGUGUGGCCUUGCUUCCCUUCGUGGAUGAGCGCAGGCUGCGGGCUGCCUUGGCAGAGGUGUACCCCAACCUCACUGCAGAGGAGAUUAAAAGGAACAGCUUGGGAAGUGACAUCAUGUUUGUGGAAAAGUCCCACCCCCUAUGUGACUUCAUGCAUGAGCUGUACCGCUCCGAAUCUCACGAGGGCACUCAGAUCCCUGCGGAAUUAUGCCAUGGAAUCCAAGGUACAUUAAAUCUUGACGAAGAUGCUAUUCUACCAGAUAAACCAGUAGAGUCUCCUAUUCCCUUGUUGAGAGACCUGGCGCAGAACAGUGCCAUUGGAAUUAAAUUCCAGGACCCACAAUUUGAUGAAGAUUUUGUGUUCAAGGCAGUCUUACUCGCUGGGGCCAAACUUGCAGCUAAAGUGCUGAAACCUGGAGACUGGGAGAGAUCCAGCAAUGGACCAUGGAGACCUCAGCUUGGCUUCAACCCCAAUCGCCAGCAGGCCCACCUGGGCCAAUCUGCUUUCAGAGCCUUGGGACAUCAUACAAACAGGAACCAAGGUGGUGCCGGCCUGUGCGGUGCGGCCCCUCCUGGACACCACAGGGGUGGCCAAUACAGCAAUGCCCCUCCCCCAAGCAACUAUAACCAGGGCAACUAUAACCGCCAACAUCAUAGAGAUUCACAUCAGUCUUUCCCACCCCAACAUUCCAGGCAACAUGGGUUCCCACAGCCUCCUCCCCCAUCCAACCCACCACUUUUCCCAAGGCCGCCGUACGGAGGAGGCCAGGGCUGGGACCGGGCGAUGCAGUCGCAGGGCGCCGCCUUCCAGCACAACACGCAGCGAGGCCACCACGGAGGCCACGGGGGGUACCAACAGCACGACAACCGCCGAGACAACCGGCAGGAUGACCAGCGCGAUGACCGCAGGCAGCAGCAGGGCUACAACCAGGGACGGAACUAUGCCCUGCCACCACCUACAAGAAGAUACCAAUGGAGUUGAAUCUUCUAGGUGUUUGUCUUUUGACCAGCUAAAGGCUUAUUUUUUCAUUUUGACGUUUCUCAAGUGUUAUUUUUUUCCUUCGAGUAACUUUAUCUUUGGGGGGGUCUAUUAAUUUGUAAAAAAAAAAAGCAAAAUGUAUAUUUCUCUUUGUUUUACUCCUGUUCUUACCUGUUUUUAAGAAUAAUGCCUGUAAAACAUGAAAUACAAGUGAGUCAAAAGACA